UACCAGAUCGGCAGUGUAGCAGUACUUCAUAUGACAGUAGAGCUACGUGCCUCAGUGUGACACGGCGGGCGCGCCCAUAGUCUGCCCAAUUGGUCGUCUCAGCUUGCUCACAUUGGCAUGGUCAACGAGCAAGAUGUUAGUGGCCAACCUGUGCCAUCACAGGCGCGCAAGCAGGGUCUCGAUCCAGGUCAGGCACCCAUCGUCCAUCCCAAAGGCUUGACACACUAUUUGGACCGAUACUCGAGCAAGUGGUCGGCGUACGAUGCCUUUACAAGUGCAGAUAAUGGUCUCAGUCCAUUGAGCUACGAGUUCUCGCCCUAUGUGGCGCCCGCUGUGAACCUGACCGCUCCUGCGUCGGCGGACAUGACACGAUCAAGGAUCGCGCGCCCAAGCUAUGUGACCAGAGCGAGCGAUUCGUCAUGUAGCUCGUCUACAAGCAAGCUCGGUGACGCCCCUCCCAGCGAUGUCGGGUCGAUACAAACGAUCUUCUGGGAUGGUGGCGGCGCGCAACAAUCGCUUGAGCCUGCUACCAUCUACGAUGGCCCAGGCAAGGUCUUUGUCCCCCCGCCCAAGCAUCUAGAUGAGGUGACGCUCCGCUCGCACGUCGAGACUCGAGGUCACCGUGGUCUUCAUUCCGACGAGAGCUUACCCAUACCGCCUGCGGUCACACUGCAAACAAGUAACGCCUUCAAGCCCAACAUGCGCGGAUUGGGCCAGUACGACAAGAAGACCGGACUCAAGUCGACCAACAUGCAGGCCCUCACGCCUCCUCGACUCCGAAGCCGCUGGUACAUGGAGCCUGUCAAGUUCGUCCGAGGCAAGAAGCAGGAUCUCAUCUCGAAGGAUAAAACGAGCAAAUCCAUACUCAAGCUGCCUAUGCACAGAGCAGAGGCAUCGCAGGCAGUCAAUUCGUUGACGAGCGCAUUGAAGGGUACCACACUCGCUGGCGGUAGGCCAGAUGAGCCGGACGAUGAGGAGGAUGUCAUUCUCGUGUCCGUGCCGCCGCCUGACAAUCGCCUUUCUACGCCUGUCCGUUUCUGCUCGCCCUCGCCCUUUAUCUUUGGCGGCGCGGUAGCCAUACACUCCUUUGCACCUGUUCUAUCGCCAGAGAUCACCCAUUUGAGCCCCAUCGCCACGCCUGAUAAGGCCAUGUUGUCGAGGACGGCAGGCAAAGCGAGCACGUCUGCGCAGAGUUACAGAAAUAUCGAUCCAGCAGACUCAGAAGAUGAUGAGGAGGAUGAUCAGAUGCAGGGUGAAAAGGACAAUGACAGCGACAGGGAUGACGAUGACUUUGACGAUGGGGCGCUCAGACCUGUGGAUGGCGCCGGUUCGGACAGCGAGUCUCACGGAUCUGACGAUGCCUUUGGCGGAGCGUACUACCCGGGCGGCUAUGUGCUCACUCCGCAGGAACGCAGAAAGGGGUCCACUAUUCUGGGCAAACAUGCACCCAAGCUAGACAGCGACAAUGUUGGGUACGGCCUCCUCGAGAAGAUGGGAUGGAAGCAGGGCGACCAUCUUGGCAGGACUGAAGGGGCGAGCGCAGACAUUGUUGCAGUCAAGAUCAAAGUGUGCAAGAGCGGCAUCGGCAGAUAGAGCUGUGCACGACUUCAUAGCAGUAGCAGCUGUGCAUCUUAGAUUGUUGUCGACAAGAGCAAAGCAAGCACUUCCUCACUCGUCACAGCGGC